AUGGUCCUCCCAAAAUUCUUCAAGUCACCAAAACCCGUCGACAAGAAGAAACACAAGGCCUCGCCGUCCGCAUCCUCGAUCGCGGACCAGACAGCAGACGCUCCCUCGCCGUCGACGACGACCUCGCUGCCCCGUCGCAAGACCGACACCGCCGAGCGUCCCCAGAGCACCUCGCUCGACCAACCGCCCGCCUACAGUCGAGAGACCCCCGAGCUCUCUGAUCCCUUUGGCCCUCCGCCGCCGCCGCCGCCGCAGUCGUCUUCGGCCCAGAGCAGCCCGACCAAGGGGCCUCACCGUCGGCUCAGCACCAGGCCGCACCCUUCGUCGACUCCCUCGUCCCCGACUUCCUCGCCGCGUGCGGCCUCCGCCUCUGCGUCGAGAAGCAGGCCCGCCCCCCGGCACUCUACCACCGCUCCCGCAGCAGCAGGAGGACCAGCAGCCGGAGCUGCGUCUGCCAGGUCCAGGCGAGAACUGAGCCCGUCCACUACUCCUAAUAUCGCUGCUGCUACCGCCGCCACCGCCGCCGCCGCAGCAUCGCCCGGACUCAAGUCAAAGCUGUCAAAGAAAGUCAGCAGUGGAGGCCGGUUUGCCCUUGAUCCCAACUCACAUCCGUUGAAUCUUCCCCCGGACGAGCUCCGUAGACUCUCAGCAAACAUGGCAGCCGCCGCAGCAGCAGCAGAGCGGGAUGAUACCCUGCGCAGCUCCAUGGAUAUCGACAGAGACGGCCCUUCUUCACCGUCUGGCCCGUCUCCUUUCUCAGCAACCGGCACCACGCCGUUGAAGCCCGAGGUCAACGGUACCGGUAACCACCCGCAGGACUCUGAAAGGAGUCCGACUCCCCCUCCUCACACCUCUCCACCUCCUCCACCAGUUGAUCCGGAGACACACAAGCUUGCGGGGAAUAAAUUCUUCAAAGCUGGUGAAUUCUAUAGGGCUAUCCAGGAAUAUACCAAAGCUGUCGAGGCGUCUCCCUCUUCGUCCACAUAUCUGUCCAACCGAGCAGCUGCGUAUAUAUCUGCAAACCGAUACUCGGAGGCGCUGGAUGAUGCCAAACGUGCAGACGAGCUGGAACCAGGCAACCCGAAGAUUAUGCACAGGUUGGCGAGAAUAUACACGGCCCUCGGUCGUCCGGCAGAGGCUCUCCAGGUAUAUUCAAAAAUUCGACCUCCAGCGUCAGCAAAGGAUACCGCACCUGCGGAAGCUAUGCUCAGGAAUGUCUCCCAGGCUGAGGAAACCCUUCGAGGAGAGAAGGGUGGCUCCAUGGUUUUGUACUGUUUGGACCAGGCUGUGAGGGGACUUGGCAACGGGGUACAGCAGCCGCGCAGCUGGUUGCUAAUGCGGGUAGAGGCAUUCCUGAAGAUGGGUAACAUUAACGCUUUGGGCGAGGCGCAGAACAUUGCCAUGUCCCUACUCCGCGAUAACAACCAGGACCCAGAUGCCGUCUUCUUGCGUGGCCGACUGUUCUACCUUCAGGGUGACAACGACCAGGCACUCAAGCACUUAAAACGAGCUCUCAGCUUGGAUCCGGACUCCUCUCAAAUUAUCAAAUUUCUUCGAAUGGUACAGAAGCUCCUGCGGAUCAAGGAUGAAGGAAACGCCGCAUUCAAAGCUCGCAAGUACAGAGAAGCAAUUGAUUUAUACACCAAGGGCCUCGAGGUUGACCCCAACAACAAGGACAUCAACUCGAAGCUUCUCCAAAACCGUGCUCAGGCACAUAUAAAUAUCAACGAGUACGACAAGGCCAUCAAAGACUGCACCAGUGCCCUAGAGUUCGACCCAAGCUACAUCAAAGCCAGAAGAGUUCGAGCAAAAGCAAAUGGAGGAGCCGGUAACUGGGAUGAAGCCCUCAAGGAACUGAAGGAUAUUGCAGAGAGCAGUCCAAACGAAAAGGGCAUCCAAGAAGAAAUCCGAAACGCAGAGUGGGAGCUUAAGAAGAGUCAGCGCAAGGACUACUACAAGAUCCUCGGUGUAUCGAAGAAUGCUACCGAAACCGAAAUCAAAAAGGCGUACCGCAAGCUAGCUAUUCAACACCAUCCUGACAAGAAUAUCAAUGGAGAUAGCAGCGACGAUACCCUAUUCAAAGAAAUUGGAGAGGCCUACGAGACCUUGAGUGACCCUCAGAAGCGACAAUCUUAUGAUAAUGGAGAAGACCUAAUAGAUCCUUCAAAUCCUUUUGCUCAUGGUGGCUUUGGCAUGGGCGGCAUGGGCGGCAUGGGUGGCAUGGGUGGUAUGGGAGGACAGAACAUCCACAUUGACCCCAGUGUCUUGUUCAACAUGAUGAAUAAUGGAGCUGGCUUCCAAAGCGCAGGAGGCAACCCCUUCCAUUCCCAUGGAUGGUAA